AUGCACUUCAAGACUCUCUUCGCUGCCGCCCUGACGGCUUCGUCUGUCUUUGCCAUGUCCUCGACCCAGCAAGGCCAGAUCAAGCAAAACGAGAAGAGUGUUCAGAGCGAGCAGAUCCAGCAGCUCGAGAACCUCGCGCACACUAUCCAGUCCCAGCAGCAGCAAAUGGACGGCAUUCUCCUUGUUGGAGCUCCAACCCUGAAUGCUUCUGCCAUUACCAGCACUCUCGGCAGCAUCAGCGCCGUCUUCCAAACCACCGGAAACGCAAUCAGCAACAUUACCGCUACUACCCUGGCUCAACAGCUUCCCGCUGUCAUUACUGCUAUCAGCAGUCUGGCUGGCAACAUCGUGACAAACGCAGGCAGCAUCAUCACCACCCCAGUCAUUGGCGUUUUCAGCCUUGCCGACCAGCAGGCCAUCUUCGAUGCUUUCACCCAGCUUGUGAAUUCCAACACUGCGCUCAUCAACGCUUUCCUCGGUCCCAAUGGCCUCGUUUCCAACUCUCUCCUCCGUGGCCCCAUCGGUGUUGUCCUGAACCUGAUUGAGCGAACCGUUGUCAACCUGGCCGGUGCUCUCAUUGCCCGCAUCCCAGCCUUUGCCCAGCAGGCUCAGACCCUGUUGAGCCAGCUUCACGGCUCUCUGGCCUUGACCAUCAGCUUCUAA